AUGAUCAAGAGCAAGAAUGCGCUGUUUGGGACGUUGAAUAGCCUGCUGCUGCUCAAGAUCAAGCUGUGCCUGGACCUCCGGGACAUUUACAACGAGGACCGGAUGUUGAAGAAGUUUGUGGUCAACAAGAAGGGUAAGAACGGCGGCGGCGGCGUCGCCAUGGGGCUCCGGUCCGAGGUGAUUGACAUGAUCAAGUGGUACACCGUCCGGUCUCACAUCGUCCGGGAUCGGCGCUAUCUGGUGGAGAAUAACGGGUUCGUGGCGUCGCCGGGGGUGUGGGUGCUCAAGAAGCAGAUCCGGAAGCUGGCGCGGGCGGCGGGGUGGGAUGAGACGCCGGGGGCCUAUGAGAUCUUGAAUGAUGCUCAGGAGGGCAUGGGGACGAUGUUCGAGACGGACUCGUACUGGGCUCGUCGGACUGGGGGCGAGGAUGAGGACGAUGAUGAGGAUGAGGACGAUGGCUACGAUGACUACGAUGGCGAAGAUUAUCACGACUAUCUUGAGAACAAUAAGGAUACGAAUUGGUUAGAAGGGUUAUAG